GCGCCGGUUUUGUGCGCGCUCCCGCCUUUCUUCCCCGCGCCGCCGCUGGAAGGGCUGGGCGCUUGUUGCCGCCGGCGUGGAAAGCGGGGCGGGGGGGCAGGUGGCUGAUCGAGGCGCGGUCGCCCUCCUCCCUUGCAUUUCAUCCCUCCCUGCGUCCGCCUACGCUUCCUCCUCUGCUCACCUUUGCGUCCUCCGUCCCCCUCGCCGAGCAUGGAGCUCUUCCAAGCCAAGGACCACUACAUCCUGCAGCAAGGAGAAUGGGCGCUCUGGUGUAGCCGCGCCGACGGCAGCCUCCAGCUCCGUCCGGCUACUGACCUCCUUCUGGCUUGGAAUCCAAUUUGUCUGGGCUUAAUCGAAGGACUUAUUGGAAAAGUUCAACUUCAUACAGAUUUGCCUUGGUGGCUGCUUUUGAUUCGCCAAAAAGUAGUGGUUGGCAAGCUUCCAGGAGAUCAUGAAGUAUGUAAAAUAACAAAGAUUGCAGCAAUACCACUCUCUGAAGCAGAACCUCAGGAUCUGGAGCUGGAGCUCUGUAAAAAACAUCAUUUUGGAAUAUACAAGCCAGAGAAGAUAACACAGUCUCCAGAUGACUCUAAAUUUCUGCUCAAGACCUUCACUCAGAUUAAAUCGAAUGUUUCUGCUUCUAGUAAAAAGAAGGUUAAAGAAAGUAAAGAGAAAGAGAGACUGGAGAGGAGGCUGCUGGAAGAGUUGUUCAAAAUGUUUAUGGACUCAGAUUCUUUUUACUACAGUUUGACUUAUGACCUCACAAACUCUGUUCAAAGGCAAAGUGCAUGUGAGAAGGCCAAUUUACCUCUUUGGAAGAAGGUUGAUGACAGAUUCUUCUGGAACAAACAUAUGAUUGAAGACCUGCUAAACAUUGGUAAACCUGAGGUGAAUUCUUGGAUUAUCCCAAUCAUCCAGGGAUUUGUUCAGAUUGAAGAGCUUGUAGUUAAUUAUAAUGAAGCAUCUGAUGAGGAGAAAAGCAGUCCUGAGACUCCACCUCUAGAGUCUGUGUGUGUGGAUGAUAUUCAUCCAAGCUUCCUUGUGGCACUUAUCUCACGUCGAAGUCGCCACAGAGCUGGGAUGCGUUACAAGCGAAGAGGGGUUGAUAAAAAUGGGAAUGUGGCAAAUUAUGUGGAGACUGAGCAAUUGAUUCAUGUCCAUAACCACACCCUCUCUUUUGUUCAGACACGAGGCUCUGUGCCUGUUUUCUGGAGUCAGGUUGGUUAUAGGUAUAAUCCACGGCCACGUCUGGACAAAUGUGAAAAGGAAACUGUGCCUUAUUUCUGUAAACAUUUUGAAGAACAAUUAAAAAUAUAUACAAAACAGAUCAUAAUUAACUUGGUGGACCAGACUGGGCGAGAGAAAAUUAUUGGUGAUGCUUACCUUAAACAGGUUUUACUGUACAACAAUUCAAGCCUAACCUAUGUUUCAUUUGACUUCCACGAACACUGCCGUGGAAUGAAGUUUGAAAAUGUACAGACAUUAACAGAUGCCAUUUCAGACAUCAUCACUGAUGUGAAGUGGUGCUGGGUGGACCAAGCUGGUGUGAUUUGUAAGCAGGAAGGAAUUUUCCGGGUUAAUUGUAUGGAUUGCCUAGAUCGAACCAAUGUUGUCCAAGCUGCUAUUGCCCGUAUAGUUAUGGAACAGCAGUUGAAAAAGCUGGGUGUAAUGCCACCGGAACAACCAUUGCCAGUGAAAUGCAAUCGAAUCUACCAGAUCAUAUGGGCGAACAAUGGUGAUGCCAUAAGCAGACAGUAUGCUGGAACAGCAGCUUUAAAGGGUGACUUCACAAGGACUGGUGAAAGGAAGCUGGCAGGAGUAAUGAAAGAUGGAGUUAAUUCUGCAAAUAGGUACUAUUUAAAUCGCUUCAGGGAUGCAUAUAGGCAAGCAGUCAUAGAUUUAAUGCAGGGCAUUCCUGUGACAGAGGAUCUCUAUUCUAUAUUUACAAAAGAGAAGGAGCAUGAAGCACUGCACAAGGAGAACCUGAGAAGUCAUCAGGAACUGAUUAGCCAAUUAUUACAAAGUUAUAUGAAGUUGCUUUUGCCAGAUGACGAAAAGUUCCACGGUGGCUGGGCACUUAUUGACUGUGACCCAAGUCUUAUUGAUGCUACUCAUAAAGAUGUGGAUGUUCUGCUCCUGCUUUCUAACUCUGCCUACUAUGUUGCCUAUUAUGAUGAUGAAGUAGAUAAAGUAAAUCAGUACCAAAGGCUGAGCCUUGAAGAUUUGGAGAGGAUAGAAAUAGGACCUGAACCAACUCUUUUUGGGAAGCCCAAGUUCUCAUGCAUGAGGCUCCAUUAUAAAUACAAAGACACAAGUGGAUAUUUCCAUACCCUUAGAGCUGUGAUGCGCAACCCUGAAGAAGAUGGAAAAGACACUCUUCAGUGCAUUGCAGAAAUGCUGAGAAUUACAAAACAAGCCAUGGACUUAGAUGUGCCCAUUAUUGAAAAAAAACUGGAGAGGAAAAGCAGUAAACCCCAUGAGGACAUCAUUGGUAUUAGAUCCCAGAACAGGGGCUCCUUGGCUCAGGGGAAGAACUACUUAAUGAGCAAGUUUUCAUCUCUUAAUCAGAAAGUGAAACAAACCAAAUCCAAUGUAAACAUCAGCAACCUUAGGAAGCUGGGAAACAUUACCAAGCCUGAACUGAAAGUCAACUUCUUAAAGCCCAAUCUGAAAGUAAAUCUUUGGAAAUCUGACAGUAGUCUUGAAACCAUGGAAAACCCUAUGACAGAUACCAAAGUCAAUAUGGAAUCAGACAUUGAAAUUUCCUCAGAUAAUGACUCUUUCCAUUCAGAUGACUUCCUUACAAAUUCUAAAUCUGAUGAUGAUCAGCAGUUCAUGGACUCAUUAGAGAAUGUGGGGCAGAUAGAUUAUGUCCUACCUAGUUGUGGUAUCAUUGCUUCUGCUCCUCGGCUAGGCAGCCGAUCACAGUCUAUAAGCAGUAGUGACAUGAAUAUUAGUAUCCCUGUCCCUUCAGAAAUCCACAUCGCACAGUAUGGAGACCAGCCUAACAAAUCUGAACCUGAAGGCAAAGCAUCUCAGGAAACUCCUUCCACUGAAAAUGCAGCGGUGGAGUUCACUAAGCCAGUUGAUGCUUACUGCCAUAAAUUUGUACAGGAUGCUCAAGUUAAGAUGACCACUGUUUCAGGAAUGGAGAUUGGUUCUCAAGGACCUCAGCAAGAUGCCGAUUAUGUUAGCUGUAAUGCUCCUAAGAAAACUGAACCUUGUUUGGGAAGAACUAAUGAAGCUCCUUCUAGACCAUCAAAACUGGAUGUAUCAUUUUCAGAAACAGGAUCACAGCUCUUACUGGUUGAACAGACUAAGUCUUCUAGAUGUUGUAACAGCCCAGGCUCCUCAUCCAGUGUUCUUGAAGUUGAGCCAGGGUUUCAUAUGACCCCUUCACCUGCAGAAAGCAAUGGCAGUAGGGCAGUAUCACCCUUUGCAAAGAUCCGCAGCUCCAUGGCCCAGGUAGCUAAUAUUACCCAAGCUGGUUUAACCCAAGGGAUCAAUUUUGCAGUUGCUAAAGUACAGAAGAGUCCAGCUGAACCAGAAUCUGUAAAUGAAAUUCAACCAAGUGAACUGAGGGAUAUGUUUACACAGUGUCAGACACGAAUAAUUCAGAUCUAGAGCUCAGCUCUAAUACCCAGCUGUACAUAUUGCUAAGCAAAAGGUUUGCUAUAUAACCCCGAGAAGAAGGGGCAAACUGUCAGAGUAUUGGUAUUAAAAAUGCCAAUAACUAUGUUUACAGAAAAGUUUGGAAGAAGUGGAUUCUGAACAGGUUUCAGAAUUAUCCUUGGGCAGCUGAGUGGGUGAAGGGUAACCAUACUAAAUAGGUAACUCAUAAACCAGUGGCUGAUGUGCAUGCUGUUUGUUUGAGUGAUCAGUUGCACAAUUAGCUCUGAGACUAGUUUUCAUAGACCUUCUGCUUUAUCUAGAGUAUAUUGAAGGGCUGGUACUGAACACCUAUUACCUUAUUAAUCUUGCACUGUACCAGUGAACAUUUUACUCAGAAGAUAUCCUAUUUAUUUUUCAGACUAACUUUUAAAUUUAAUUUUAAAAAUUUGUUUUUCUUGAUCUAGUUGCAUUCUUAAGGGCACUUCCACAAAGGGAGCAUUUGAAUAUGUAUGCCUAUGAAUUUACUUCCUCCACCAAUUCCUUGCUUCUUCCUACCUCUGUUAACCAUGGUACCAUGAAGCAUUCUAAUAUAGUAAUAUGUAAAUUUUUUCAGGGUAGCUGCAGAAAAGGGGUUUCUUAAAAAAAAUCUUUAAAUCAUACGAUUUGUCUAGAAGGUAUUGUGUGUCUGCUAGAAACUAGCUCCUUGCUAUUAAGACUACUACUGGUUUUGAGGAAAAAGGUCUUUAACUUUAAAAUAAUUGAGUAUGUGCUACUGUGUUCAUAUGAGAAGACAUUUUAUUGCCUAAACAUAACCAGGAAAGUAACAAAAUAGAUAACUGAAAGCCUCAACCAUAAAAUCAUACUGCUGAUAUUUAAAACUAGAUUAAUGCAAAGUGUUUUAAAAGAGUUAUAAUAGUUGUGAUCUGUUGAGAUCAAUUCUGUCUUUGUUACAUUACUGGCAGGGAAUGGGGUUGCAUUUAAAUGCUUGUAUUGGGAAUCAGAUUCCAAAAGUGAAGUGUGAGAGGACAAUUCUAAUAGCUCAUACUGUUUUCCCCAGAACGUUCUUGUGGCUGAUGUAGAAUGUAGCAGCAGAAACAACUACACUGGAUACUGCUAUCUUGUGCUUCUUAGCCUCAGUAGUCCCCAUUCUAGAGCCAAGGUCUGUAUAUGUUAGUACAUGUGUACUAUACUAGAUUGCACGUACUGUUCUAAGCAGUUAACCAGUGUCACAAUGGUAGUAUGUCUUUGAAUAUAUCUACUAUAACAGAAGUGAUCAUCAACUUAACCUGAUUGUCUUUUUUUUUUUUUGGUCCAAUACUUUUGAUACUGUUUCCAUUUUGUUAUUUAUUUCUUACUGCUGUAAUGUGUGUUCUUUUCUUGGAGUGUCUAUAAAUUUGUGAGUAUAUUUAAAAUAAAAUAGCACUGUUUUAAUGUG